ACACUUUGUUUUUAUCACAGUGAUAUCCCUGGGGCACGUGUUUUCUUUCCUCAUACCCUAAGGAUGAUGGAUUUAUGAGAUGGAGGGCACACACCCAGUGUCUCCAAGGCCAGCUCCACUGGGUAACUUUCCACUCCAGACCGCGGGUCUUCAGUCCUCACACCAGCUUCCUGUGCCUCAAGGUUCCGGGCCAUUCAAGGGCAGGAGACAGCAGAGUGGAAUUUGCAGUGUCCUGGAUAUGGUGUAGAACUUCGUCCCACAGACAGGUUGCCUGGGGACUUUGUUGGGACCAGAGUGCUCUGAAUCACCAUGUCCCACCUACCUCUGGGGGGCUCAGGACACUGAAGACCAGAACCUUGCUCAGGCUCCCACAAAAAUUAUACACUGGAGAUUUACACUGGGGAUUUAGCUCUGUGGUUCCACCACCUGCCUUGCAAGCGCAAAGACUUGAUUUUGAUCCCCAGUACCCUCCAAAAAAUUAUACACUGGAUCUAGGGCUGGAACCCCAAGAGAGGUAGGGGCAUGACCACUUGUUUUGGAGGCUGUCCCAAGUGCACAUUCCAGGACCAUCAUCUGUAAGCUGUGUGACCCAAGGCAAAUUGCUUUAGAUCUCUGGGCCUCCAUCUUCUCAUCUUUAGAAUAAAGAUAAUGAUGACAUCUCCUUCCUUCAUGAGCUUGUGACAAUGACUACCUAGGAGAUUCCACAAGAAGUCUGAGCCCAGCAGAAGAUGAAGACUCCAAAAGUAGCCAUGAUCUUUCUUUUUGGAGACAAGGAGUCUGUGCUCCCAAAAUUGGUGGAGAGAGGGCUGGACAUUAGGACCAAAUGUCCUGCUGUGUUGCACGUCUUAACCCCUGGAGAUGGAUUACUUAUGCAAUUGCUGUUGCAAUAGAGAAACAAUUCCAUAUUAUGUCCAAGAGCAUGCAUGGGCUUUGGAUUCAGGUGUGACUGUGCCCUUUACCUGCACCAUGACCUUGGGCCACCGCUCCUCACAGGGCACAGUGUCCUUGUCUGUGAAAUGGGCUCACAGGGCUCUAGAGAGCUCAGACCCCAGUCCCCCGGCACGCCUUCUGGCCACCCGGCCCUGCUGCGGUCCCGGCCCCGACCGGCGCCCAGUCCUGGGUGAGGCCCCGCGCUUCCAUGCUCAGGCCAAGGGCAAGAACGUGCGGCUGGACGGCCAUUCACGCCGGGCCACGCGGCGCAACAGCUUCUGCAACGGCGUCACAUUCACGCAGCGGCCCAUCCGCCUGUACGAACAGGUGCGGCUGCGCCUGGUGGCCGUGCGCCCUGGCUGGAGUGGUGCGCUGCGCUUUGGCUUCACGGUGCACGAUCCUUCACUCAUGAGCGCGCAGGACAUCCCUAAGUACGCUUGCCCCGACCUGGUCACACGGCCUGGCUACUGGGCCAAGGCGCUUCCUGAGAACCUGGCACUACGCGACACGGUGCUGGCCUACUGGGCCGACCGCCAUGGCCGCGUCUUCUACAGCGUCAAUGACGGCGAGCCCGUGCUCUUCCACUGCGGAGUGGCCGUGGGCGGCCCGCUCUGGGCUCUCAUCGACGUCUAUGGCAUCACCGACGAGGUGCAGCUCCUUGGUACCCUGCAGUCCAGUCCCGCAACUACAACUCCGUCAGGCUCCUUCAGUGGCUCCCAGGACGAUAGCGAUUCAGACAUGACCUUCAGUGUCAACCAGUCCUCCUCGGCGUCAGAGUCAUCCUUGGUGACAGCCCCCAGCUCCCCACUGAGUCCCCCGGUGUCCCCAGCAUGCUCCGCACCAGAGCCAGCGGGCAGCAAGAACGGCGAGUGCACGGUGUGCUUUGACAGCGAGGUGGACACUGUCAUCUACACAUGCGGACACAUGUGCCUGUGCCACAGCUGCGGCCUGCGGCUCAAGAGGCAGGCGCGGGCCUGCUGCCCCAUCUGCCGGCGGCCCAUCAAGGAUGUCAUCAAGAUCUACAGGCCCUAGCCUGGCCCUCCAGCCAGCCUUCGUUGCAGCAAGGUCACCUUUUUGAAGCUCCCACUGGACUGGGCAGCCACCACAGCCACCAGGGAGUCCAAGGGCAGGAGCCAUCUCCUGUGUGCCACUCUCCGAUGGUGGGCAACAUGUGACAGUUGUGGAGACGAGGCCCUGGGGGUCUGAGCCCAGGCAAGAGUUGCUUCUGGCUCAAAGUGCUUUGCCCCCAAAAGGCCAUCCCAAGCGAGCUCAGGAACUGCCUGGUAGAUGCCCUGUCCCGUGGUGACCUUUCAGCUGGGAACCGGCACCCUCUGUCUGUGCAAUGCUUCUUUCUGGGGUUGGGUUGAGUGUGUGAGGGGGGGGGAGGGGAGACCACACGGAGAGAGAAUGUGAGGAGAGAGCCAGGAAUGCAUAGGUCUUUUAUGUAGGGAUCCUGGAUCUAGGAGGUUAUUUAACACUAAGGACUGUGCAGUCCAGAGCCCAAAUGUCAGUGCAACUAGAAACUUCAUUUUCUGGGGCUGGGACAGAAGCUGGUUUUGAGUGUACAUGGUCUGAACUUACACAGCACUCUCUUGGAUGGUAUAGAAAAGAGGAACUGAGAUUUUCUAAGGAGAGGUAAAAAAUAACUCAUUGUUUACAGCUCCGAAGCAGCCGCUCUUGGUGGCAGGAAGGUGGGUGGAGAACAUCGGAGACACUCACUUUUUUUUUUGGUUCUUAGUCUUGGAGGAGCAUUUUCAUGGGUGCUAGGGCUGGACACUCUGGGCUGUGGCAUCUUUUCGCCCUUUGCCCUCAGACUGCAUAAUAAGCACACUGCACCUUGGCUCAUUCCCAGGAUGCUUUCAAUCUUUAUUAACACCCUCGCCUUCUCCAAGGAGAAGACUGGAGGAGGCACUUUUGUCCUGGGGAGAGGGAGGACCUUAGAGGCAGGUGAUUUACAUGGAACUUGGGAAUGCCACCACAGGGCACAGACAGCUCUCCAUAUUUCCAGGGGUGGCCCCUGGGCCUGGCACUAAGGGGCUGUGGCAUUUCUGGGGCUAGAAGCUGCCACCAGAAGGAUGAGGGGCACCAGGCUUUGUAAUGUUCCUUGUUCUGAUUUCUGGCCUCUCUUCCCUUUCCAUUACAAAGGUGUGAACUGAGGAGUAGUUAACUAAUCAUUGAGAUGUUAACUGAAAGUGCUGACACUGGGAUUCUUCCUCUUCCGAGAUCUGCUUGCUUGUGUUUCCCACAACCCUGGCCCUGACAUCAGGCCCUCACCCAGCCCAUCUCUGCAGACCCCAUCUAUGCAGGACCUGGGGCUCGUGGGCUGACUCGCCUGCUCCUCCUUUCCUGCCCCAGCCUGGGCUCCCCCUCUGUCCUGUUCCAAGCCGCGCCUUUAGGGCAGUUCCUUGGCCUUUUUGUUUCUGGGUUCCUAAUUAGAAGUCAAGCACUGCUCUUCUCUUAGCUCUUAGGAGAAAGGGCCCAGCAUUCUAAAAAGUUUAAGCUAGGUUGCAAAGAACAAUUAGCAUUUUUCUUUUUUUCUUUUUUGGUAUGGGGAUCAAACUCGGGACCUUGCACUUGCCAGGCAGGUGUAGCACCACUGAGCUAAAUUCCAGGCCCAGUUAGCAUUUUUCUUAGAACUCCUAAUCACUUCAUCUCUUGCUGAAAGAGGGAGAAAGGGAGAGAAAAAUGUUCAGGGAAUUGUUGCAUUCAUUUAACAACCCCUUGCUGGGAGCCAGGCUAGGCUAGGCCUCCUGAGAUCCUGUCCCAGAGAUCAGCCCAUGCCCCCUGCCCCGGGAUGCUGGAGGUCCUGGGCCAAGUGCUUUUUCUCUGGCUAGGAGUGGUUCUGGUUUUCUGACCUGAUCUUCAGAAGCACCACUCUCUUACCCAGCCAGACGCCCUGAUCUCUGACUUUCCCUUGAUGGAUCUGCCCACAUUUUACCUUUGCAGCAAAAUCUUUUGAGGAGAUGCUAGAACCUCAGUGUUUGCUACGGUAAGAGUUUAAGGAUCAGGCAGCCCUGGGUGCCCAGCUGAAUUUGCUCAGCAGGACUCUUUCAUUUCCCUGUGUGCUGGGUGGUGCGGCCAAAGCCACCAUAGGCUCCGUCCCCCAACCAGAUUGAGACCGUCACAAAUGCUGACAGCACCAGUGGCCUGGGAGAGCUGGCUGCCUCCUUCCUGCCCCCUGCCAUUCCCAGCUGACCCCUUACUUCCAGCAGAGGUCACAUGUAGCCACCACCAGGAAACCAGUGCUGAGGGCCGGACUGAGGGUGGACCCAGCAUGCUGCUGGUGACCUGUUACCUGGAAAGAAAGGAGCCACUGGCCUGUUUAACCUGCUCUGCAGCCGCUACAAAGAGCCUCCCUGUUUUCCAGAGGCGCUAAGGGGGUGUUUAUGUUCUAAAAAACCAGACAUUUCCUGAUACUUAGGGGAUGGGCACAUCUUCUGCCAUGCUUCAUCUGAAGAAGGGGUGGGGAAGGAGGAAA